AGUGCAGAUCAGAGACAGAGAGAUCAAGGUGAACAUCUUUGACAUGGCAGGACACCCUUUAUUCUAUGAGGUGAGGAAUGAGUUCUACAAGGACACCCAGGGGGUCCUCCUGGUCUACGACGUGGGGCAGAAGGAAUCCUUUGAGGCCCUGGAGGCCUGGCUGGCUGAGAUGAAGCAGGAGCUGGGCCCCCAUGGCAACAUGGACAACGUGGUCUUCGUGGUCUGUGCCAACAAGAUCGACAGCACCAAGCUGCGCAGCGUGGACGAGAGCGAGGGGCGGCUGUGGGCGGAGAGCCGCGGGUUCCUCUACUUCGAGACCUCGGCCCAGACUGGAGAGGGGAUCAACGAGAUGUUCCAGACCUUCUACUCGGCCAUCAUCGACCUGUGUGACAAUGGGGGGAAGAGACCCCCCUCCAGCCUGGGGGUGGGCUUCACCAGGGAGCAGGCAGAUGCCAUCCGCAGGAUCCGCAACAGCAAGGACAGCUGGGACAUGCUGGGGGUCAAACCUGGAGCCACCAGGGAGGAGGUGAACAAGGCCUACAGGAAGCUGGCCGUGCUGCUGCACCCUGACAAGUGCGUGGCGCCCGGCAGCGAGGACGCCUUCAAAGCCCUGGUCAACGCCCGCACCGCCCUCCUCAAGAACAUCAAGUAG